AUGAACCGCAAUAGCACUCCGGAGGCCUCGACUGCGUCGUCGUUACGCCCGCCAUCAUCACGAACCGUUGGUGCCAAUAACCACCAUCUUCGUGCGUCUGCCGACAUGGCCGCCCUUGCCGGCCCCCCGACCUCGAACCGCAUUCGUCCCUCGUCCGACUUUUAUGGUCAACAGGGUCAAGGCCAGGGCGGUGCCGAUCCGGACCCCCAGGACAAAGUCACUCAGCAGUGGAUAGCCGAUAUCGAUCAAUAUGAGACAACUCUGGAGGAAAUGGCUGCUGCUACUCUGGACCAGGAUUUCAAAGACGAACUCAGUGCUAUUGAACAGUGGUUUCGGGUCCUGUCCGAGGCCGAACGCACUGCUGCUUUAUAUGCUUUGCUCCAACAGACAACCCAGGUCCAGAUUCGUUUCUUCAUACAGGUGCUUCAACAAAUGGGUAAAAACCAUCCCAUGUCCGGUGUUCUAUCGCCAGCCAAUUUUGACAAAGACCCAAUGUCAAACCGUCUGAGUGAUGCUAUGAACAAGCUGAAUGUAGGGUCAGCUAGGAACUCCCUUUCUCAGCCUCAAGCAGCCACCAAAAGACAUUCUGGCCUUGACCCGUCGACUAUCAAUGCCAUGUUUCCCGAUGCUGCGGCUGCCAUUGCUACUGAAAAGGCCAAAUUUACCCAGCAAACCGGUAAUCAGCCUCCGUCAAAUCGUAAUAGCACAGCCGUUGAUGCGCGAAGCCCAUUGGCCGCACCAACGAUUUCUGCGCCAUCGGAGGGACUCGACUCUAACACACAGAAUCCCGCAUCACCUUGGGGUGCUGGUCACGAUCAGAACGCAUCGCGACCCAAAUCAUCAUCUGGCCAGCCCCCUAUGGGCCAGUUUGCUCAGCCACCGCCUUCUGCGAGCUUAAGAUCGCCUCGCCCACAGAUGGGUGGCAAUACUGGCAUUCAGAAUACCGUCCUCAAUGCCCCGGAUAAAUCCAACAAUGAAUUGCCUCUAUUCUCGCCCUACGCGGCGGGAAGUGGAAACUGGGCCUCAAUGGUGAACACCCCUAUGGUUGGGACAUUCAACAAUGGCAGUGGUACCCCUAACCAGGCCGACAUGGUUGCCAAUGCGACAGCUAUGAAGCUCGCUGCGCUAUCUACUGUUAACAACCGUUUCGCGCUCGACGAUGUCCGCAAGUACCGAAGAGCCCGAUCAAAUGAUGCUCCUGGCCAGGGCCAGAGCUCCAUGUCUCCCGGGCUACAAAACAUGCCUGGUGCAAAUAUUGUUAUGGUCAAUGAGCAUGGUCAGGUUUUGAACAGGGAUCAAAUGCUUGCUUUGCAAAACCAACAAGCCAUGGGUGGAUUCGCAACCCAUCGAUCCCGCCCCAACUCCCCCGGUCUUGCGAUGCAAACAGGUUUUAGCCAGAUGUCAUUUGCUUCCCCACAAACCAAUGGCUUCCUAAGCGCCUAUGACGGCUCGCAGAAUCCGCUGUUGAACAACGGACUGGGCGCCAUCAACAUGGGCCAACUUGGUGUGGGCGUACCUGAGGGCUAUCUAUCGGAUCAUUCGGAUAUCAAUCGUGGUCGAUCCCCGCGUGGUCGACGUGGGACUUCGAAACCCCCGGAGGAUCCCACCGACCCUACUCUCCUGCAAGACAUUCCUGCAUGGUUACGAAGCCUCCGAUUGCACAAGUACACAGACAAUUUGAAGGACAUGAAAUGGACGGACUUAGUCGAACUCGACGAUAAAGCUCUAGAAGAGCGUGGCGUCAAUGCCCUUGGAGCGCGAAGGAAGAUGUUGAAAGUUUUUGACCAGGUCAAAGAAGCGAAGGCAGAGGGCAAGCUGGGCUAG